AUGAGGGUCUCUCAAAAUGAGCUCCAAGCCAAAACAGACCGAUACCUGUUCAACUACGACACAAAAUUCAACAAAGACAUCAUCUGCGGCAGCAAAGGGCUGUACGUGUACACGGCCUCGGGGCACAAAGUUCUGGACUGGAUCUCAGGCCAGAUGUCCUACCUGCUGGGCCAUGGUCAUCCAGAAAUCGUGAAAGUGAUCGCAGACCACGCGGCAUCGCUGGACCACCUGUUCUCGGGUAAGGUUUCGUCGCCCGUCAUCAGCCUGGGCGAGCGGCUAUGCAACCUGCUCCCACCGGGCCUCGACAAAGCUUUCUUUCUCUCAACUGGAGGAGAAAGCAACGAAGCAGCAAUCAAGAUGGCCAAGGUAUACACGGAGAAAUUCGAGAUUGUCGGCCUGGGCGCUAGCUGGCAUGGCGUGACGGCGCAGGCGCUGGGUCUCCAGUACCACUUCAGUCGCAAGGGCCAGGGCCCGCUGAUGCCAGGUAUGCUAGCGCUACCGCCGCCAAACACUUACCGAUCUAUCUUCCGUUGCGCCGAUGGCUCCUAUGACUGGGAGGCGGAGAUGGAGUACUGCUGGCGCAUGGUCAACAUGCAGUCGUGCGGCUCGUUGGCUGCCUGCAUUGUGGAAUGCAUCCAGUCUUCGGUGGGCAUGCACGUCCUUCCAACGGGCUACUUUGCGGCAGUGAAGCGACAGUGCGAGAAUCGUGGGAUGUUGCUGAUUGUCGACGAAGCCCAAACCGGCGUGGGCAGAUACGGUGACCUCGUGGCGAUCAACCACGAGGGUGUGGUACCCGAUAUUUUGACGUUGAGCAAGACUAUUGGGAAUGGGCUGCCACUGAGUGCCGUUGUUACCAGCGCCAUGAUUGAGCACGUGUGCACCGAGCGCGAUUACUGUUUCUACACGACGCAUGUCAAUGAUCCCCUUCCGGGAGCCGUCGCUGACAAAGUGUUGGAAAUUGUGGUAUGUGACGGGCUGGCCGAGCACUGGCGUGAUAUGGGAAAGCUGUUGCAUGAGGGCCUCAGCAAGCUCAAGGAGAAGUAUGGCUGUAUCGGGGAUGUGAGGGGACGUGGACUCAUGGCUGGCGUUGAAAUUGUCGAGAGCCGCGAGACCCAGACCCCGGCUUUGGCUCUCGGCAAAGCGGUUGGUGAUCGUGCCUAUGAGCUGGGUUUGUGGGCCAAUCUGAGUAGCCACCCCAGCUUCGGUGGUAUCUUCCGUAUUGCGCCUCCUAUCACUCUCAGCAAGGAAUACUCCUGGUACCAUGCCUCUGCGAUUCUUCGUACAAGAAAUCAAGACAUGUGA